UUGCGAGUACACCCAUUACUUUGUGUACCAAAAUAUACCUAUAAUUUAUACCUAUAUUAGUUUUUCCCCACAUCACGUUUUUUGUAUGUUAUGUGUUGAAGGAAUGCUAAUCUAUCUCUCGUCACGUAAAAAAUGUGCUGUAAACUGGAUCGUGCCCCCCUCAAUUGUGUCACCCUUGACCUUAGUUGGCACCAGCAGCAGGAAGUAGAACGAGGAAGUAGUUCGCCCACUUGGAUUUUUGACUUGUCACGACGAACUUGGCGCUUUUAGGAGGAAGUCUGUCACUUCUGUGUCUUGGUAUUGAAGUUUGCUGAGGAGGGGCAGAUACGUUUGGACUCAUCGGGCCCGUGAAAGGAAACAUGCGGCGAAAAGAACGAGUACUCCCGCUGGUUGUUACCGCCUGGUUCGGUGUGAUCGCCUGUGUUGUAGGCACAACCCCGCCGCAAGACUGUGCGGACCUGUUCGCCACCGGCACCCGACAGAGCGGCACCUACACAGUCGGCGAGCCCAGCCCGUACCAGGUCUACUGCGACAUGAGCUUCCUCGGAGGCGGCUGGACAGUCCUUCAACGCCGCCAAGACGGAUCCGUAGACUUCGCCAAGACUUGGGAGGAAUAUCAGCAAGGGUUCGGCGACCUGGGCGGAGAGUUUUGGCUAGGGCUGGACAAAAUCCACGCGCUGACAGCGGCAAAGAGUAACAACAUUCUUCAGAUUGAGCUGGAGGACUUUGAUGGAGAAAGGAGGUACGCGCGAUACAACACGUUUUCAGUCGGGAAUUCCAGUGGUAAUUAUGUGGUGUCCAUUUCUGGAUACACAGGAGAUGCCGGGGACAGUUUAACCAACAAUGGUCGACCUAACAUCAACGGAAGAAUGUUUUCUACAGAUGAUCGCGACAAUGACGGAAACAGUGGUGAUUGCGCGUCUUCCUACAGCCAAGGUGGUUGGUGGUACCCGCUAAAUUGUGGACAGUCCUUUCUGAACGGAAGGUAUAACUGCCACCUUAGUUCGGUCUCUUGUGACGCUUCACAAGGUGUUGUCUGGUCUAGUUGGGGAGGCACAGGGUACUCCCUGAAGAAAACAACUAUCAUGAUCAGACCUGCUGAUUUCACAGGGUCAGACACGCCAAAGGACUGUGCUGACCUGUACGAAGAUGGGAUCAUAGAAAGCGGAAUCAACGCCGUCAGCGAUCCCCGAAUCUUUGUGUACUGCGACAUGAGGAACCACGGCGGCGGGUGGACCCUGCUACAGCGGCGACAGGACGGGUCCGUGGACUUCGCUAACAACUGGGCAGCCUACGAGCAGGGGUUUGGUAACCUCGAUGGAGAACACUGGCUAGGACUGAGCAAACAGAACCAAAUCACGGGACAGAAGACGUAUAGCUUGCGUGUAGAUUUGGGAGAUUGGGAAAACCAAUUUCGGUACGCAACGUACAGCAGCUUUAGUGUUGGGGCCAGUGGCACGGACUAUCAGUUUGCGCAGAUGGAAUGUUCGGACCGACCUGCUCUGAAACGUGUCAGUGUCUAUACGGAAACGCCUCCUGUAACCAAGUGA